GCACUUGCCUCUUACAAAAGCCAAACCGUCCCAACCCACCACCCUACCACCUUUCCCUCUUUUCAAGGUGCUUUCCCUCUCUUUACUAACUCCACACCAAUGGCUGCCCUCGACAACACUUUUGGCGCCGCUCUGAUCGGUGUCGUCGUUUCAGCGACCCUCUACGGAGUCACAUGCGUUCAGACCUGGUACUACUUCGGUCAAUACCCAAAUGACACUUGGUACAUCAAGCUACUCGUAAUGCCAUUCCCUCCUGUCCCCUUUCCACCGCUCAUUCCCCACCUCAGGUUGCCGCCGUCCUCGUCUCGGACACCAUACAUCAAAUCCUCAUCUCGCACACAAGUUCGUUUCUCAAUUGCCUCCGCUAUCAUCAAAUUCCCUCAUCAUACUAUUCCAGUAUAUACAUAUCUUGUAACAAACUUUGGAGAUCCCGCUGCACUCGGUGACCUCGUCUGGAGUCUCAUAGUCGAAGUCCUAUUCAAUGGCUUCACAGCGCUCAUGGUCCAAAGCUUCUUGGCCAUGCGCAUCUGGCGAUUGAGCGGAAAGAGCUGGAUUGCCACGGGUGCUGUGAUGAUCUUGGUGUUUGGAGAGUUUGGUUGCGUUCUCGCCUACGUCGGAAAAGCUCUCGAACUCGAAACAUUCGCCCAACUUGGCACACUAAAGGACCUGUCGAUGACGGUUAACGCCGUGGCAGCAGCCGGAGACGUGUUGAUCGCUGCCAUUCUGUGUACUCUGUUGCAAAAUUCUCGUACUGGGUUCCGGAGAUCUGAUACCAUCAUCAACAAACUCAUUUUGUUCAGCAUCAACACAGGGCUGUUAACCAGUAUCUGUGCAGUGGCUUCUCUUAUUUCUAUCACGGCAGCGCCUACCACGUUCAUUUACAUCGCUUUUUACUUCUGCCUCGGUCGCCUGUACUGCAACUCUUUGCUGGCGACGCUCAACGCACGGAAGGGUAUCAGAGGCGAGUCGCGCGGGGAAGACGUGUCGCUCUCGCUGCAAGGUCUGCCCAAGACGUCGAACACGAUGCUCACGUCGUCACAUUCCAAGCGGGUACCGAACAAUAUCUCGAUCAAGAUCGAUACGACGCAUGAGUAUAUGCAGGACGAGUACGCAGACUCAUCACCCUCUGACCGGGACGUCAAGCUAGAGGUCUGAGGUGGUCGACAAGCGGAUAUCACAUGUCUCCUCGCUCGUCGCUUCCCGACGAGGAGGCAGAAAACACAAAAGAGCAAAAAAGUUGUACUUAAUGGGAUACCCCACCCGUAAAAAAAUGUGAUAAAAUAAAACAAGUGGACGGUUUUUCUCAUUCAUUCAUUCAUUCAUUUCAUCAUUCCAUCAUUCAUGUUGUUUCGCAUGGUUGAUCGAACCCGCCACUUUUUUUGGUUGACCACCGCUUUGCUAUUGCGCUCUCUGUUCUGUGAUGCUGACCGUGCGUGCGUGCGUCGUUUUUGUUCGUGUUUGCGUUUGCGUUGCUUUUGGCAUGAGGAGGGGUGGGGCGCGGUUCGAUGUCGGUCGAUCGAUGGAUCGAUGGAUGGAUGAUGGUACAUAUGCAUAUAGUCGUAGUACACACUUUUCACUUCACUUUGUGUU